AUGCGCACCGGGGGUAAUUGGAUCUCAACUUGCAAAACAGCGGGUGAUAAAAUGCACAAGUUGAAGUCAUCACAGAAGGACAAGGUUCGGCAGUUCAUGUCCUUCACGCAAGCCGGGGAGAGGACAGCCGUGUACUGCCUGAUGCAGAAUGACUGGAAACUAGAAGUCGCCACAGACAACUACUUCCAAAACCCAGACCUCUACUACAAAGAAUCCAUGAAAACCUCAGUGGAUCGCAAGAAGCUGGAGCAGCUCUACAACAGAUACAAAGACCCCCAGGAUGAGAACAAGAUAGGCAUUGAUGGGAUCCAGCAGUUCUGUGAUGACCUGACCCUGGACCCAGCAAGCAUGAGCAUACUUGUGGUGGCGUGGAAGUUCAGGGCGGCCACACAGUGCGAGUUCAGCAGGAAAGAGUUCCUGGAUGGCAUGGCUGAGCUGGGCUGUGACAGUCCUGAAAAACUUAAGGCGAUCCUUCCCAGACUAGAGCAGGAGUUGAAAGACACAGGAAAGUUCAAAGACUUCUACCAGUUUACCUUCAAUUUUGCUAAGAACCCCGGCCAGAAAGGUUUAGACCUAGAAAUGGCUGUGGCUUACUGGAAUCUAGUUCUCACAGGUCGCUUCAAGUUCUUGGAUCUUUGGAACCGGUUCCUGCUGGAGCAUCACAAGCGGUCAAUUCCCAAGGACACAUGGAACCUCCUCCUGGACUUUGGCAAUAUGAUUGCAGACGACAUGUCAAACUAUGACGAGGAAGGGGCGUGGCCUGUCCUCAUAGAUGACUUUGUGGAGUUUGCUCGGCCAAUUGUGACAGGGAGUAAACGCAGCACAACAUAGUGUUUGUUCCAGGUUCAUGCAGUGGAUGGAGUUUAUGUUUUCUUCCAAUUUUUUUUUUCUUGAAUGAGAAUUUUUAUACAAAUGAGCCAAAAAGAGACUACUUCUCAAUAAGCCUGUCUGCAGCUUGUCGUUAAGAUUGUUCUUCCAACUGCAUAAGAUGCCUUCAUUGGGGAGUGACCUGGAAAACCAGUUCAGAGAGGAAAGCUGGAGGGAAAUCAGCAGGAGAGAGAGAUGAUGUUUUUCUUUUUGUUGUUGUUCGCUGGCAAGGACAGACUUUGUGAUUGCAAUAUGGAAACAAUGGGUACCCUAAAACUCGUCACUCUUGGGCAAAUCACCAAUGGGUGUGGCUUCGAACUGCUGCUGUGGACUUGGCUCACUAACCUGCACCCUUGGCACAGUGAGGAGGGACAGUAAAGAGUGAGCUUUCAGCACAUGCAGAGGAUUAAGUUAUAGAUGCAGUAGGAUGUGGCCUCCUAACCUUGUCAGUUGAGAAUGGAACCGUGUGUUAAAAUCUGCAUGUUUUUGUCAGCUAGUGUGAAGCAGUGCCAUGGAUGCCGAGGAGGAAAAAAAAAGUUAUCUACAUUAUUUUCACUGAGAUUGCGAAUGUGUAGCUCUCUUACAAUCACACUGAGAGUGGAGAAAAAAGCGUGCUUGCUCGUUAUUGUGUGUUUGUAUGAGUGUGAGUGUGUGUGUUUUGAGGGGGGGUGAAACAUAUUGCCUCUUUUACAAUACAAUGCUAAAUAUUUUCAUUUUGUUUUAUUAAUAUAAGAAGUUAAGAAAUUAUUCACCUUGACUGAGCAACAGUGGAAAAAGUUCAGAUCCACAUUUUGUAUCCCGAAGGAGAGGUGGACAGAGCAGCAUGCUUUUCGAGCUCAGCACCAGCAGCAUCGCUAUUGUUACAGUUGUAAAAUACUGUGCUCAUAGAAAGCAAAAUAGAAGAACAACAAUGUAUAUCUGAGAAAACAGGUAAUUACAUUUAAUGUCAUGCUUAGAACAUAAGAAGCAUUUACAGUAGGAUCCUCAUUUUUAAAGAGCUGUCGCGUUACAUUUGUUAGUUUGAGUUUUGCAGUGUGUAAACUGCUGUACACAAAGAGAAACUGACUGGCACAUUGACUGUUUUCUAUUAUCCAGGUGAUGCUGACUUGCCAACUCUACAAACUGCACUGAUUUACACUUUUUAUGUUUUGGGAUUUUUUUUUUUAAUAUUAGGCAGCACCAUAUACAGCUACAGAGCUACUGAGUUUAUGUGACACUAGAUUUCACUUACACUCUAUAGACGUUUUGAAAUGAACAUCUACAUCCCAGCCAAGAGUAUUUUAACUGUUUGUUUACAUUGCUUGAGGUUUUAGUCUGUUGCUUUUCAUGUAUUUGCAACUGUAGGGCAACAAUGGCAUGUUAAAGUACCAUAGAACUACUACAGAGAAAAACAUGUCGCACGUACUUGUGCUGCCAUCUAUGGGCGACUGUGCAGUAUAGUAUUUCUCAGUCUACUAUAGUCCAGUGCUACAUCAUAGCUAGAUGUAGCUUGUGGUCGCAAGUAAAUGAGAACACCUGAUCAAAUCCAGCUGUGAUGUGGUCAGGAGACUUGAGUUUUAGCCAUGCUUUCUGUCCUAAACAGCGAUGAACUACGCUGAUCUUGUUCUCCCAAUUGUUGUCACCAUGAUAAAACCUUUGCCAUGUGAAAUGAGGAUGGAUCAUUUCCCUCUCAACAGCAAACUACAGGGGAAACACUUACCUUUCAUUAGGAAUGAAUAGGUUGACAAACUUAUUCUUAAUUCUUAAUUUCUCAUAUUUAUGUAAACAUAAACUAUGGUGGUGUUCAUGAAUGUAGACUUUGAGAAGUUGAGGCAAAUCAGAAUGGAAGUUCAUUAUGAUUUCUGUCCCAGAGUGAAUGCAGAUGAAUGGCUUCAUCAGAAAUCAGCUUCAUGAUGACUGUAAAACAAUCAGUGCAGGAGCUGGUAAAUGUGUCACGUUGUUCAUCUUUGUAGCUAGAAAAGGUAGAUGUGUGUUGGUUCAAUGAAAUAUACGAACUGUCAGUACUGUUAAUUGUUUUGUGCAAACCUGUCAUGGUCAGGACAGUGAGAUGGUGUGAAAGCUUUUCCACGUCAGUUGUUGUUGACUUUACGAUUUGACGGCAUCUGUGGUUCAGAGGCAAGAAUGCGUGGCAUCUUUCAGUAUUCAGUAUGCUAAUAUGGUACAUUUGAGGCGUUUUUAUUUGUCAAAUGUGUGUUCAACUGUUUCUAGUCAUGCCGAUCAUUCAUCAAAACAGUAUUAUUUUUGCCGGCAGGAAAACAGGUAUUUUACAGAAUAUUAUGUUUCAUCACAGAAGCGUACCAUACAUUGUUUUCUUUAAGGAGGUUGUCAAUAAAGCAUGUUGUUUUUAAAA